UAAGCCGCGGACAGCUUCCAUUGGUCGCGUCCGGCCAAUGAGGGGCCGGGGAGGGCGUGGCCGCGUCUCGGCCGGCGGUCCCUUAGAAAUGGGCUCCGCGACGCGAUUUCUAUACGCGACGGAGUGCACAGCGGUCGUGUUCGUGUGAAUAGGUCCUUAAAAGAUAGUAGUAGAGACGUUGUUGGAGAUCGACCGACCGUUUUAAGCUGGCUGCUCACGUCAAACGGGAGACGGAUUUGGAGUGGUGCGAGUCCAGCGGAGCUGAGGACUACGGCGAGGAAGACUACAGAAUGGUGGAAACAUCCGUGCCCCAAGGCCCGGUUCUGCCGCAGCACUUUAUGUUCCUGAACCAAAUGGGCGAGGGUUUCAAGCCGGUGUACAGAAAGGCUGUGGCCCAAACCUCAGCCUCGACCACGGGCGGUAGUUCCUUGUUUACCAUAGAUAGUAUUUUGGCGCGGCCUAGGCCUACCACGUCGACCACCGCGCCCAGACCGCCGAUGUUCCAAGGGGGCCACGCGGGGGGAUUCGGGUUCGGACACAUAGCCGCGGCCGGCGGUGGAUUUGGAUCGGCUUCGGCUGAGUUUCUAGCUAUGGCCUACCCCGGCUUAUAUCCUGGCUACGUCCACGCACUGGCAGCAGCCUCCCAAGCUGCCUCCUUGGCUUCCUCCGGAGGUCAUCACCAUCAGCCACCCAAACGAAAACGCCGCCACAGAACGAUCUUCAGCGAGGAACAGCUAGAACAGUUGGAAGCCACUUUCGAACAAACCCACUAUCCGGAUGUUGUGCUGAGGGAACAGCUAGCCCUUAAAGUCGAUUUGAAGGAGGAAAGAGUAGAGGUAUGGUUCAAAAACCGUCGGGCAAAAUGGCGGAAACAGAAACGAGAAGAACAAGAAAGACUGAGAAAGAUACAGGAGGAAGAUACGCGAUCGAACGUCGAUCCCCAACGGAUUUUGCCUCCGCCGCAACAAUUCAGCGACGACGAUUCCUCAGACCUGGAAGUAGCAUAAAAUUACCUUAAUUAAUUCUCUUUUUUACAAAACAAUUUAAUUAUUGUUAACGAUAUAACGAAAAAAUCAAAACAAAGCUUUGUGAUUUUUAUCAGUGGCCGCUGACAAAAUUACAAACACAAUGCAAUGGGAAUUUAAGGGUGUUAAAUGUACAGGGUGUCCCAUUUUAGUUGCGAUUAAGAUUUUUCUCGCUUAUUAAGACGAAUAUGAUUUUGCGGUUUGUGCCGACCUGAUUUAUAGUCCAAGAAACUAGGCAACUCAUAUGAAAAAUUCAAGUUUUUACCAAAACUUCUUAUUUGAAAGCGUAUUUUCUUGGACUUUUUACAAAAAUUUACUAACUUCAUACACCUUUCCUACCUCAGUUGAUUAAUGUUUAUUUUUUUUUAAUGGAGGCUUCUUUAUAGAUAUUAAUAUUUAUUCUCUUUAUACAAACUUUUCCUCAUAUCGUCGCUCUAGGCAAAAUAUACUAAGACCGAUUUUUUAAUUAUUAAAUUGUACUGAAGCUGGGGUUGAUUCCUUGUGAAACAUCGUUGAAAUAUUAGUAUUUUA